AUGGAAUAUUAUAACGAAUCUCCAACAACUCACAAUAGUAGUAGGAGGAAUAACAGUGAACAACUGAGGCAGGACGCAGUGCAGGAUAUAAAUCUUAUGAUCGAACAAAUGACAAAUAGAUCUAAACAGAAAAAUAGUAAUGCUAAUGGUAGUAUUGCUCAGCCCCCAACACAUAUUCAAACACAACUCUUUGGAGACGCCACUGCACAUAAUCCCCAUCAUGGUCUUACUGAUGAGAUGGAAGAAUCGAUCUUGAACCGGUUCUUAAACUCGGUGGAUCGCUCAGCAGAGAUUAGAAGUCCCAUAAUAAACAGCAGUACUACACCUGGCUCUGGCUCUGGCUCUGCACCUGGAUCGGCUUCUGGUCUUGGUAUACAAAACUACCUUCCGACGGAUCCAAAUAUGACCUCAGAUGCAUCGCCGCAAUUGGUACAGACGCCCACUUUGCUUAUCAAUGAUAUAGAAGAUCUUUUAAACCAAGACAGUACUGCGCUAAGUGGCACUGCUAUUUCCAAUAUGACCCAAUCACCAGGAUACACUAAUAAUAAUACUACUAAUAAUAAUAACUAUGAUAUAAAUAUGAGGAAGAAUAGUAGUAGUAGUAAUACUCAACAACAGUUCUUGUCACCGAAUCCAGGGAAAAGAACGUUUUUGGGUUCUGCUACAAAUAACGAUAGUGAUUUCAACGAUACAAGUUCUGCAAUCUCAUCUCAAAAUUCACCUUAUUUAGCACCUCAGGAUACUUAUUUGAACGCAAACAAUUUAAUGCCUGUAUCUCCUGGUCCAAUAUCGUCACCUUCCUUUGGUAGUGAUUCUGGGCAAUUAGGGAGCAACAACAAUAGCAACAAUGACGAUAUGUUAAGUGUCUAUUCUAAUAAUAGUGCUUAUUCAAACAGCAGUUUCAACUCUAAUAUUUUGUUGCCUGUCAAUUCCCACGGUUAUAAACAUAUUUCUAAUGUUAACGAUAUAGAUAUCUUAUUAACGGAUUUGAAACAAGAUGAAAUACCGUUUGAUAAUACAAACGAUCAAGGAAUCCUAAACUCAAAUCUAAAUGAUGUUAAUAUGAGUAACAUUAAUAACAAUUUGUUAAGUACUUCGGUAGCACCAAUAAUAUCCGUUAGCGAAUUUGAACAAUCAUUAGAUGCCGAUGUUAAUACCAUGUCCUCGCAGAUUAAAAUAGAGUUAGAUAAUAAUAAUAAUUUUAAUUUCAAUGAUCAAUUCAGUAAUAGUAAUAUAAAUGCGAAGGCUGAAGAAUUCCAAUUUGGAAUGAAGUCAUCUCCAUCAUCAACAGAUCCAGAUAACGGUACUCCAAAUUCAAAUUUCUUGUUACAUCCAUCUAAUGGUAAUUCAAACGCAAACAUCGAUACCAAUAUGGAAAGACACAACGAAAUGGUUCAAGGUCGUAAAGAGAGACGUAAGAGUCGUGGUAGAAGAAGUAGUACAACGAUCCCUCUCAAGAAUCGGGAUACGGCAAGUAGAAGUCAAAGUAGGAGUAGGAGUACGAGCAAACAGAGAGGCCGUAGUAGUCCCGAUGAGAGCUCGAUCUAUAGAUCCUCAUCCAUUACUUCAAGAAGUACGAAACCUAUAAAUUUUGAUGAAAAGGCUAGAUCUAUUAGUCAAAAUCGAGACAAAUUGUUAGAAAUGGCAGAUUUGAAAAUCGAGGGUGAUGAAUCCUUACCACAAGGACAUCACGAUGGAACAGAUAAUAGUUUAGAUUUUGAGACAAUGUUCCCAUCCGAUAUGAAUCCUACAACCACAGACAUUGGCUCUGAAACCGGACUAUCGGACAAAUUAUCAAGAUCAGGUUCUCAAAAGAAUGCUGCAACUUAUGCAUGUGAACUCUGUGAAAAGAAGUUUACAAGACCUUAUAAUUUAAAAUCUCAUUUACGUACACAUACUAAUGAAAGACCAUUCAUUUGUACCGUUUGUGGUAAAGCAUUUGCAAGACAACAUGAUAGAAAGAGACAUGAAGAUUUACAUUCAGGUAAGAAACGAUAUGUAUGCGGUGGUAAGUUGAAGGAUGGUGCAACUUGGGGUUGUGGUAAGAAGUUUGCUAGAAGUGAUGCUCUGGGGAGACAUUUCAAAACAGACUGUGGUAAAAGAUGCAUAGCGCCGUUAUACGAAGAGGCUGCUAAUGAAAAGAUGCUGGAAUAG